AUGUCGGAUAAUAAGAUUGAUGAGUCUGUCGAUAAGACUAGAGAUGGUGCCAAGCACUUCAUUGACAAAGCGUCAGAGGAAUCAAAGAAAUUAGCAAAGGAUGCUAAGAGAGGUUUGGAAAAGGGCGAAUCAGAGCUACACAAGGCGUGGAAUAAGUUGCGGGAAUGGAUAGAGAAGUCGGCCUCCUUGACUGCCAAAGUCGGGUGUGACGCGGCGGCUAACACAGCAGAAAUCACCAAGAACGUUGCGUCACGUGCUUAUGUUGAGAUGCAAAACCCUGUCGUUGCAUUAAACACAUUGCUAGGGGGGGGUGCUUUAUUAUACACUUUAUAUGGAUAUGCAGAGCAUCAAAGUAGAUACUUGAGGGGCAAGUCGGACAGAGCGAUUUUGGCAACUGUUGGGACUCUCACAGCAUUUUUGGUCGCCGACGGUGUAUUGAGCUACAAGUACUAUAAACAGUUGGACAAGAAAUGA